UUCUUUGUUCCUUUAGAAAACCAACAUCCAUUAGUCCAACACAAUACAACAACACAGUGCAACAACAACGAAACCCAGCUGCGACGACCAGCUGCUGCUGCUGCAAUUGUUGGCUGCGUAGGUGUCCUGUGUCCGAAACGUGUCUCAAAAGCCAUCUUCUAAACUCGUAAUCAUCGCCAAUGAGCGGCAAUUCAACCGUCGCUGCGACGCCAAGUGCUGCUGCUGCUGCUACGGCGGGCAAUGGCACUGCUCCCGCUCCCGGUGCUGCUGCUGCUCCGACAACAACAACAACUACUACUACAGCAGGAUCAGGUGGCAGCGGAGGGACCCUCUCUGGCCCGCCGACAGAGCUCAAGCACUCGAGCUCCGUGUUGGCAACCGUGUCUGCGUCGUCGCUGUUCAGCAAGACGGGAUCCAUCUCGUUCGGACGUCGCUCGUCGCGCUCGCAUACGCCGUUGGAGUUUGCUCAGCUGCGCGCAGACGAAAAUGCUUCGACGACUACCACCACCACGACGAGUACAGCACAGACGGCGCCGUCGCUGGCACAAACAACGUCGACAACAGGUUCUCUGCUGAACAUGUCAGCGCCAGCGUCGGGCGCUGCAAACGCACAAGCUACAGCGCAAGAGCACCUCACACCGGAACAGCAGGGCCGCCUCUUGCGGUCGCCACCCACCAUCCGGCGGCGCCUGCUGAGCAUUGCCGAUCCCAACUCGGCGUUGCUCCCGCAUGAGCGUGCAGGCAUCGCCGCCUCCACCUCGGGCUCUGGACUGGCUGCUGCGGCGACUGCGACUGCCACAGCCUCUCCAGCAAUAGCCGGGAGUGCGUCCGUUUCUGGUACCGCGCCUUCAUCUGUCGGAAUGCCCCUGCCCAACGGCAGCGCAAGCACGAGCGCAGCAGGAUCUGCGUUUGGUGGUUCCUCGGCUGGAGACGGUAGUGUUGAAAUCAAGCUCUGGCGGAGACCUCGCGGGCUUGCCCAACUUCGACGCAGGACUGUCUCGGUGGUUGAUAUGCUCCCGGCAUUCCCAGAUGUUGUGUCGUCCGCGUCUCCGACGAUGCGCCACGCCUUGCCUGCUGGCGCGUAUGCCUCGAUGGUCGCGAGUAACGGCGCUCGGUCUGAGUCGGGUCUCUCGCCGGUAACCUCCUCCUCCUCCCUCGCGUCUGCAUCAUCCUCGACCACCACCUUUUCAGCCCCGCCAGCCCAUCCUUCACCGAGCCAGACCCGAGUCAAGUCUGCACACUAUCCGCUAUCGUCGUCACACCUGCCCACCAUCACCGAGAGCACGGCCUCGUUGAAUGUUGCCGCCGGCGCAGACUCGGCUGUUGCUUCCUCCAUCGGCAACUCCACCGCGGCAGAUGCCGCCGCCGCAUCAGAGUCUGUCCACGGCGCGCACGCUGGCCCAGGCUCCUCGCUAUCGUCCUCCAAUUCUUCACUCUCCUCCCCUCGGGAGGCGCUCUCGCUCACCGCGAUUGCUACUGACAACAUUCCGCCCAUUACGCAACCAGACGGCGCCUCGGAUCCUCAAGCAGAGGAGCCCGCUGCCCAAGACGACGCCCCGGCUGACCGAUUCGUCGAAAGUAGCAUCCCCCAGCGUGGAAAGUGGCGCUCGCUGACGUCUCUCUCAGUCAUGCGCGUGUUUAUGCGCAACAAUCCAAAGUUCAAGCUCGUUGGCUGCGAUGUCAACGCCACCACGCGCCAGCUUUGCGAAAUGAUUGCGAAAAAGUUCGGGAUUCUGUCCGACUCGACCAACUUUCGUCUCUACGUGCAACGGGAUGACAUGGAGCGGUGUCUGCAGGCGGAUGAGCAGCCUUUGUUGUUGCAAAAAGAGUGGCUGAUUGAUCUCGGCUACCGGGAGGAGGACAAUUUGCUUCAACUCGGCAAAUACGACUUUAGCCACUUGUUCAAGUUCAUUUUCUCUGAUGAGGAGAGUGCACGCGAAGAAUCCAGCAGCUUGAAGAAUCGCGUCAUGAAAGCCUUCCGCGCACUUGACACAAUGGAAGUCCCGCACUUGGAUCUCAGCUCGUUGGAUCUCGGUGGGUUUAUGCAAGGCACCCUGCCCGGUGAAGUCGAAACCUUCUUGUCUCUGCUGGCAGACUCGUUGCCGUCGCUAUCACUCGCACACAACUCGCUCCGCACCUUCCCGGAAGAAGUCAGCGAAUUGGUCGCGCUAAAGCACUUGAAUUUGAGCAACAAUCUCUUGCGCGGGCUGCCUGCGUCGUUUGCGAAACUGGCCCAGCUGACCUCGCUCGAUGCGAGCUACAACACCUUGUUGUCCAUUCCUGCGCCCGUGUGCCAGCUCGGACGCAUCACGUCAUUGAACCUAACUGGCAACUUUUUGACGAGCCUGCCCGAAGCGCUCUUUUCGAUCGUUGGUCUUGAACGACUCGUCCUCCGGCAAAACCGUUUGACGUCCCUCUCCGGCACGCUCAACCAUUUGACAUUUUUGCGCCACUUGGACAUUUCGUCCAAUAACAUUGACGCGUUGCCGCCAAAUCUCCAGCUGCCGAGUUUGGAAGAGUUGCUCAUUGAUCGCAACGCAGUGUCUGUUCUCGUUGUGUCGUGGCCCUGCUUGACUGUGCUGCGGGCAUCCCACAACAAGAUCUCCUCGGUCAUUUUCCCAUGCGACCUGGUCGAUCUUCGUUGCAUCGAUUUGUCCUUUAACAAGCUUUCCGUGCUCCCGGACGCCUUCGCCUGCAGUCCUUUGCUCCGCGUGCUGUUGCUCGAUCACAACAAGCUCCGAGCUUUGCCUGCGAGCAUCAUGGGCCUCGACGUGCUCGAGGCUCUGAGCGUCGAGUUCAACCGCUUGACCUCGCUCCCGGAAGAGUGGGUGCCGCUGCGCUCCCUCCGCCACCUCUCUGUGCUCGGCAACAAUCUUUCCGCGCUGCCCGAUGAUAUUUUCCGAAUGGAAUCACUCCGCCACUUGAACGCCGGCUCCAACGUGUUGCAGUACCUGCCCUCCGUCGCCGAGAUGGACGAGAGCGAAGAGGAAAUGUGGUUGAACGCCAUCGACCCGAGCAAGAUGCCUGCCAUCGAGGAGAUUGAGUUUGAGGCUGUCAACCAAACGCUGCAAGAGCUCUAUCUCGGUGACAACAAGCUCAACGAUAGCUGCCUGCCCAUUUUGUCUCAGCUCACCGACCUGACCCUCCUCCACCUCGGCUACAAUGCGCUGACCGAGAUCCCUCCGAAAACUCUCGGCCGUCUGAGCAAGCUUCGGAGCCUUUGCAUUUCCGGCAACGACAUUGUGUACCUUGCCGAGGACGUGCAGCACAUGAGUGCGCUUGAGCACCUCUACAUUAGCAGCAACAAGCUCAGCAACUUGCCUGCCGAGCUUGGCAAGAUUCGCAAUCUGGCCAUUGUGGACGCUCGGGACAACAACUUUAAGUGGAACCUGUGGAAUCAGCAGUUUGACUGGAACUGGAACUGGAAUCGACACCUGCAGCACCUCGAUUUGUCCGGCAACAAGCGCCUGGUCAUCAACGAUCCCAAGAAGGACUUUGUCCAGCUCGUCAACUUGAAGAGCCUCGGUCUCGAGCGCGUCAAAGUGGCCCAGAAUCUGCCCGAAGAGCUGGCCAAGAUUGCCAGCGUCGAGCAGAGCGUGGCCAAAGGAGUGUCGAGCGCAUCCUCCAACGUGUGGCGCUCUGGUGUUGCCCACCUGUACGGAAUCAACUCUGAGAACUUUAAGAUUGAUACCGUCCGGCAGUACAACUUCCGCGACAACGCCGACGAGGCUCUGUUUGCCAUGUUUGAUGGCCGUGGCGGAUCGCAAGUUCCCGAACAGCUCGCUCGGCGUCUCCCGUCGCUGCUCAAAGACCAACUGAUUGUCACAAACAGCGAUGUCCUGCGCAGCCUGCGUGGCACUUGUCUCGGCCUGAAUCGGCUCUUGGGCGGCCAAGACUUUGCGCAGCUGGCCGGCUCGUCUGGUCUCAUUCUGUACAUUUCCAGCAACAAGCUCUAUCUGGCCAACGUUGGUCACAGCAUGUGCGUGCUCUGCCGCAACGGCCGUGCUCUUGUUCUUUCGCCAGUGCAUCUUCUCUCUCAGAGUGACGAGGAGCGCCAUCGAACGCGGCUUCUCGGCGGCUUCAUUGGGCCCGACAGUCGCAUGAACGGCCUUGUCUCGAUGAGCCGCGCGUUUGGCUUUUCAUUCCUUCAGCCCUGUAUCAACUCGAGCCCUGACAUUUCUACUGUAGAGCUUACAGACGAUGAUGAAUUUGUCAUGAUUGGCUCCAAGCGACUGUGGGAGGUGGUGAGUCCGCAAGCAGCGGUUGACAUCAUCCGGAAUGAGCACACACCUUCCAAAGCCGCCCAAAAGCUGCGCGACUUUGCCUGGCUCUACGGCGGACGCGCCAAUCUCUCGGUGUUGGUUGUUUUCACUCCCAAGGCGACGAUCAAGUCAACCAAACGCGCCCGAAGAGCCACCAACAUUGACUCGCAGCGGAUUCUCAGCCGUCUUGGCGAGGAAGUCGCCCCGCCGACGGGCAAGCUGACGCUGGUAUGCACGGAUAUCAAGAAUUCGACAAUGCUCUGGGAGGCGUGCGAGGAAGGCAUGCGUGAUGCUGUCAAGAAUCACAAUGCUCUCAUGCGUCGUCUUCUCCGGUUGUACUCUGGCUACGAGGUCAAGACCGAAGGCGAUGCUUUCAUGGUUUCGUUCGAGCAUGCCAUUGACGCGCUGCGAUGGUGCUUGACGGCCCAGAUCCAGUUGUUGGAAAUGGAGUUGCCCCAGGAGAUUCGCUCUGCAUGCCGCGAAGAAAAUGGCCCGGACGGCGAGCUGCUCUUCCGAGGCAUCUCCGUUCGCAUGGGCAUCUACACGGGUCUGCCCGAUUGCGAGCCCGACCCGCUGACCGGUCGCAUGGACUACUUUGGUCCCGUCGUGAAUCGUGCUGCGGCCGUGAGCUCGCUUGCCGAUGGCGGUCAAGUUGUCAUUAGCGAUAGCGCUUGGCAGGAGGUUUCAGAGCGCCUCGAUGAGCUGGGCGAAGGUCUUGCUCCUCCUCGCGUCGAUGAUCUAGGACUGAUCAAGCUGAAAGGCUUGGAAACCAAGGAAAAUGUUCGCUUGAUUUUGCCUCCGUCCCUUCGCGCGCGCACCUUCUAAAUGCCGUUUUUCAUAUUUUAUUUCUUCCGUUUGAAACGCGUUUGUUUCGUUUGCUGGGGAGUUGUUGCAGCUGACUUUCUUGCCCCGCUUCCACUUCUUUUUUGUUUCCAACCUCCUGUUUCUUUUCUCUGUUAUUGUUAGUAUUUUGCUUCUGACUUGUUUUUUAAUCAUUCUUUUUGUGCAUCAAUGAGAUUAUUUUGUUUUCGAAGUUGCUCCCGAAGGAUCUCUCCACCAAG